CAUGGCGGACGACCACGGCCUGCUUGCGAAGAUUGUGGAAAACGGGAGCGAAGUUUUGGAGGCCGACGUGCAGGGCGGCUGCAGCACAGAGCCCAACACCUUACUGCAGAAGCUGAAGAGUGCCAUCUCAAAGUCUGUCCAGAGCAAAGUCGACUGUAUCUUGCAAGACGUCCAGAAGUUUUCAGACUACGCCAAACUUUAUCUGUAUCUUCAGCUGCCUUCGGGCCCAAGUUCGGGAGAAAAAAGCUUGGACCUCACUUCUCUCAAUUCGGCGGAACAGAUGCAUGCUUGCACCUGGAUACGGAAUCACCUGGAAGAGUACCUUGACACCUGCUUGCCAAAACAAGACGUGUACGAUGCUUACAAGCGCUACUGUGACAACCUUUGCAGUCGCUCCCUGAGUGCGGCAAAUUUUGGGAAGAUCAUCAGGGAGAUCUUUCCAAACAUCAAAGCAAGAAGAUUGGGGGGACGCGGACAAUCCAAAUAUUGCUAUAGUGGGAUACGUCGAAAAACAGUGGUCAGCAUGCCACCCCUGCCCAGCCUGGACCUUAAAGAAACAGAGACUCUGGAGCGAACGGAGAUGGCCCAGUCCUACGACGACGAAGUGGUGGAGGCGGCCUGCACCUUGACCUGCAACUGGGCCGAGAAGAUUCUCAAGCGCUCCUUUGACAGCAUCGUGGAGGUGGCCCAGUUCCUCCUGCAGCAGCACAUCAUCAGCUCCCGCUCGGCCCACGCCGACCUGGUCAUGGCCACCGUGGUCACAGAAAACACCGAGAGCUCCCGGGAGAAGCGCCCUCCCCCAAAGAAAAACGAACCAGAAGCCGCAGAAAAUGCAGCCAAAACGCAGCCUCAGGCUAGAACGGAAAACACGCCCAAGCCCUCAGCCACGUCCCCGCGGAGUGAAGCCAAGAAGCCGGCGGAUGCUCCUGCCAAGAAAGCCGGCAGCCCGCAGGUCAACGCCUUGGUGGCCCGCCUCCCCUUGCUGCUCCCACGGGUGCAGGUCCAACCGGGGGACCGCUUGGUGGUGUCUCCUGGGACGGCAACCCUACAUGCCCCCCACCCCGUCCUGGCUCCUAAGCUCACCGCUGCCCCGGUCGGGGGGACAGUCAAAAUGGCGCUCUCUGUGGGGGCGCCCUCCUCCACUCUGCUAGCCUCGGCAGUGAAUGGACCCGCCGGCCUGGUCAGCCAGCCAGCCGCCGUGCCGGUCAUCAACAUGGUGCCAGUCAUCAAUGUGGCAGUCCCGCCCACGGCCGAGAGCCGGCCGAAGCCCAAAAGCGCCCCCGGUGGGGGUGGUGGAGUGUCCAGCAACGAAACUGGGCGGGGCCCUUGCGAUCCGCAGAAGGACAAGAGCCCUGCCAAGCGGCCGGCUGACCGACCCGGGGAGGUGACCACGAAGAGGAAGCGUGGACGGCCGCGGAAGAGGCCGGACGAGCCUCUAUUGCCGGAGAAGAGCGUCCUUGGGAAAGAGCCGUCUCAAGGCAAGGAUGAUUCUGACCCUGUUGUGGGGCCUGCAGGCAGGAAAGAGCCCCCUGUCCCUUCAAAUUCUUCCCCCCAGAAGUUGAAGAGAGUGUGUCCCCAGGCGGGGGUCCCCCUGGGAGCAGAGCCCAAGCGACUGGCCCCCGAGCGGCCGAGGGAAGAAGUCCCGUCUGGGGCGAGGAACCUCACUGUGGCACCCACCAGAACGAUCUUGCCCUAUCACCUGAGCGUCAUCAGGGCCCCGGUGCCGAGUCCCCUGACCCCACCCAAAGGCUUCGGACGGGGCUUAUGGGAGUCCCCGCCGCUGGAGCUGGACAAGCCGGAGUGGGGCGGCUCCUCCGAACCCGACCUGCAGCCCACGGAUCUUUCUCUUAAGCCUCGCCCGCCGCUGUCCAAGGACCACCUGCCGGGCUCGUGGGUGCCACCAGGACAUUUGCACCGGAUCAGCACAGACCGCGAGAAGUCGGCAGAGGCCGCAAGCAGCUCGGGGCCGACAAGGCAAGCCCCCAGCUGAUACCUCCCCCGCUCCUUGGCCCUGCUUCCCUAUGCAUUGCUCCCAAAGACGCACCCGGUGCACGCGUGUAGAAAGGAAACAAGCAACCGCGUGGGCUUGCAAGGCACUCCACCCACCCCCUUUGAGCGCCUCGUGGAUCGUUGGCGCGCCCUCCUCCCCAGCGGCUCCAAGUGGAAAAUGCAGACAGGGCAGGGCAUUCCAGGCAGGGCCCUGUCUGCUCCCAACCAGCAGAGAGCGUGAAACAACAGUGACGUCAAGGUACGGGGAAGGAAAACAGAGCGCCUCGAGUAAGCAGGGCCAGUUCCCACGUGGGGCGACGGAUCACGUAACCCGGUUCUAAAAAUGCCCUUUGCCUCUCGCUACGAGGCAGAACGCCCUUUCUGGGAACAGAGACGUUUCUUUUUCGGAUUUUGACGUUUUGGGAUUUAUCUUUCACCUGGGGUGGUGGGGGUGUUGUUGCGUUUCACAUGGACAUCCCUUGGCCACCAGCGGCCUGUUGCAUCAGUGUUUAGAGACAAUCAUUUCACAGCCAGCUUCCCAAAGAUCUUGGUCUCCUACUCUGCAGAGCUUCCAAGCUAAAGUUUAAAGGUCGUCUAAUUUCCCUGAUGAUUUUGUGUUUCUCUGAUUUGGAAGUCUGUGCUUCCUCG